UGCGUUUGGUUGAGAGGUUGCCGGAUGGUGGAGGAGUACCACUGAUGAGAGAGCGGGCAAAUACUGUUUUAGCUCGCAUUGGGUGCCUAUUGUACGUACUUGGAUACUGAUAAACACCCGGGAGGACUACCUUCACCUGCUGCGUGUGGUGGCCAAGUGAGUGUUACCUCUGGUACCCAUCAUGUCGCAGAGGAGCGGGCUGGAGGAGCCGGAGCGGUAUCUCUUUGUUGACCGCGCCGUGGUCUAUAACCCGGCCUCGCAGGCAGACUGGACUGCCAAGAGGCUAGUAUGGAUCCCAUCAGAACGCCACGGCUUUGAGGCCGCCAGCGUGCGUGAGGAACGUGGUGAUGAAGUGGUGGUAGAGCUGGCCGAGAAUGGGAAGAAGGCAGCGGUCAACAAGGAUGACAUCCAGAAGAUGAAUCCACCAAAGUUCAGCAAGGUGGAGGACAUGGCCGAGCUCACCUGCCUGAAUGAGGCCUCAGUGCUUCACAACCUCAAAGACCGCUACUAUUCAGGACUCAUUUAUACAUACUCCGGCCUCUUCUGUGUGGUCAUAAACCCCUACAAAAACCUCCCCAUCUACUCUGAGAACAUCGUGGAAAUGUACCGGGGCAAAAAGAGGCACGAAAUGCCCCCACACAUCUAUGCCAUCUCAGAGUCUGCUUACAGAUGCAUGCUACAAGAUCGAGAGGACCAAUCCAUUCUUUGCACUGGUGAGUCAGGAGCUGGCAAGACAGAAAACACAAAGAAGGUCAUCCAGUACCUUGCACAUGUUGCCUCCUCCCACAAAGGAAGAAAAGACCACAACAUUCCUCCUGAAUCUCCUAAACCAGUGAAGCUGCAGGCACAAAAUGCAGUUAGUGGCCCAAUGUUUUAUGGUGAACUGGAACGUCAGCUUUUACAAGCCAACCCCAUCCUUGAAUCAUUUGGGAACGCAAAGACGGUGAAAAAUGACAACUCGUCGCGUUUUGGGAAAUUCAUCAGGAUCAACUUUGAUGUCACCGGUUAUAUUGUUGGAGCCAACAUUGAAACAUACUUACUGGAAAAAUCCAGAGCUAUACGCCAGGCCAAAGAUGAACGCACAUUUCACAUUUUCUACCAGCUUCUGGCUGGAUCUGGAGAACACCUCAAAUCUGACCUGCUUUUGGAGGGAUUCAGCAACUACCGUUUCCUGUCCAAUGGCAACAUCCCAAUCCCAGGCCAGCAGGAUAAAGAUAACUUUCAUGAGACCAUGGAGGCAAUGCACAUCAUGAGCUUCUCCCAUGAAGAGAUCCUGGCCAUGUUGAAAGUGGUCUCCUCCGUGCUUCAGUUUGGAAACAUUGUAUUUAAGAAAGAAAGGAACAGCGACCAGGCCUCCAUGCCUGAUAAUACAGCCGCUCAGAAGCUGUGUCACCUGUUGGGCAUGAGUGUCAUGGAGUUCACAAGAGCCAUCCUGUCACCAAGGAUCAAAGUGGGAAGAGACUAUGUCCAGAAAGCCCAAACUAAAGAGCAGGCCGACUUUGCUGUGGAGGCCCUGGCUAAAGCGACAUAUGAGCGUCUGUUCCGUUGGCUGGUCCAUCGCAUUAAUAAAGCACUGGACAGGACCAAACGACAGGGCGCCUCGUUCAUUGGUAUCCUGGAUAUUGCUGGUUUUGAGAUUUUCCAGCUCAACUCCUUUGAGCAGCUCUGCAUCAACUACACCAACGAGAAGCUACAGCAGCUCUUCAACCACACCAUGUUCAUCCUGGAGCAGGAGGAGUACCAGAGGGAGGGCAUAGAGUGGAGCUUCAUCGACUUUGGCCUUGACCUGCAGCCCUGCAUUGACCUCAUUGAGAGGCCGGCAAACCCUCCAGGGGUGUUAGCUCUGCUGGAUGAGGAGUGCUGGUUCCCCAAAGCCACGGACAAGACCUUUGUGGACAAGCUGAUCCAAGAACAGGGAACACAUACCAAGUUCCAAAAGCCAAGACAGCUCAAAGACAAAGCCGACUUCUGCAUCAUCCACUACGCUGGCAAGGUGGACUACAAGGCAGAUGAGUGGUUGAUGAAGAACAUGGACCCCCUAAAUGACAACGUGGCCACGCUCCUGCAUCAGUCCACAGAUAAAUUUGUGGCGGAGCUCUGGAAAGAUGAGAUUCAGACCAUUCAAAGGGCUUCAUUCUAUGACAAUGUCACUAGUCUGGAUGAGCCAGCAGUGGAUCGCAUAGUUGGAUUGGACCAAGUGGCAGGAAUGAACGAGACAGCGUUUGGAGCUACCUACAAAACAAAGAAGGGCAUGUUUCGAACCGUGGGUCAACUUUACAAGGAGUCACUCACCAAGCUCAUGGCCACGCUGAGGAACACCAACCCCAACUUUGUCCGCUGCAUCAUUCCCAACCACGAAAAACGAGCAGGUAAACUGGAGCCGCACCUUGUUCUGGAUCAACUGAGGUGUAAUGGCGUUCUUGAGGGGAUCCGCAUCUGCAGACAGGGCUUUCCAAACCGCAUUGUCUUCCAGGAGUUUAGACAGAGAUAUGAGAUCCUCACACCCAACGCUAUCCCCAAGGGCUUCAUGGAUGGGAAACAAGCUUGCGAGAGAAUGAUUCAAGCCCUUGAGUUGGAUCCCAACCUGUUUCGCAUCGGACAGAGUAAGAUCUUCUUCAGAACUGGCGUUUUGGCACACUUGGAGGAGGAGAGAGAUCUGAAGAUUACUGACAUCAUCAUUUACUUCCAGUCUGUGUGCCGUGGAUACCUUGCACGGAAGGCCUUUGCUAAGAAGCAACAGCAGCUAAGCGCCCUGAAGGUUUUGCAGAGGAACUGUGCUGCCUACCUGAAGCUGCGCCACUGGCAGUGGUGGAGGCUCUUUACCAAGGUAAAGCCUCUGCUGCAGGUGACUAGGCAGGAGGAGGAGAUGCAAGCCAAAGAUGAGGAGCUGGUAAAAGUGAAGGAAAAACAGCUAUUGGUGGAGAAUGAGCUGGUGGAGAUGGAGAGGAAACACCAACAGCUCGCAGAGGAGAAGACCAUUCUUGCAGAGCAGCUCCAGGCGGAAACUGAGCUAUUUGCAGAGGCCGAAGAGAUGAGAGCUCGUCUGGCCUCCAGGAAGCAAGAGCUAGAGGAGAUCCUCCAUGACUUGGAGUCUCGAGUUGAGGAAGAAGAGGAGAGGAAUCAGACUUUGCAGAAUGAGAAAAAGAAAAUGCAAUCACACAUUCAGGACCUGGAGGAGCAGCUUGAUGAGGAGGAAGCUGCAAGACAGAAGCUACAGCUGGAUAAAGUCACGGCGGAGGCAAAAAUCAAGAAAUUAGAAGAAGACAUUGUGUUACUUGAGGACCAAAAUUCCAAAUUCCAUAAGGAAAAGAAGCUAUUGGAAGACCGGAUCAGUGAAGCAACUACUUUGCUGACAGAGGAGGAGGAGAAAGCAAAGAACCUUGGCAAACUCAAGAACAAGCAGGAGAUGAUGAUGGUGGAUUUGGAGGAGCGUUUGAAGAAGGAAGAGAAAACACGCCAAGAACUGGAGAAGGCGAAACGCAAACUGGAUGCAGAGACCACAGACCUGCAGGACCAGAUCGCUGAGGUCCAGGCACAGAUUGAAGAACUGAAGCUUCAGGUGGCUAAGAAAGAAGAAGAGCUGCAGGCUUCCUUGGCCAGGACCGAUGAGGAGACGGCGCAAAAGAACAACGCCCUAAAGCAGAUUCGAGAGCUGCAGGCGCAACUUGCUGAGCUCCAUGAGGAUCUGGAGUCAGAGAAAAUAUGUCGAAGUAAAGCCGAAAAACUGAAAAGGGACCUGAGCGAGGAGCUUGAGGCUUUGAAGACGGAGCUCGAGGACACGUUGGACACCACCGCUGCUCAGCAGGAACUCAGGACCAAACGAGAGCAAGAAGUGGCUGAGCUGAAGAAGGCGAUUGAUGAGGAGACUAAAAACCAUGAGGCUCAGAUACAGGAAAUGAGGCAGAGGCACAGCAUGGCACUGGAAGAACUGUGUGAACAACUGGAACAGGCUAAGAGAUUCAAGGCCACUUUGGAAAAGAACAAGCAGAGCCUGGAGAAUGACAACAAAGAAAUGGUCUGUGAGGUUAAAAUGCUGCAGCAAACCAAGACCGAGUCUGAACACAAGAGGAAGAAGCUGGAGGGCCAGCUACAGGAGUUCACGACCAGAGCCACUGAGAUGGAGCGGGCCAAAGGGGAGUUGGCUGAUCGGUCCCAUAAACUCCAGUUGGAGCUAGACAAUGUGACGGCCCUACUGGAGGAGGCGGAGAAGAAGGGCAUCAAACUGACCAAGGACGCUGACAACCUGGGAAGCCAGCUGCAGGAUGCACAUGAGUUACUGCAGGAAGAGACACGGCAGAAGCUAAACCUGGGCAGCAGAGUGCGCCAACUGGAGGAUGAGAAGAACACCUUGCUGGAGCAGCAGGAGGAGGAGGAAGAGGCGCGACGAAACCUGGAGAAGCAGCUGUUGACUGCUCAGGCUCAGCUGAGUGAAACAAAGAAGAAGCUGGAGGAGGAUGUGGGAGCCAUGGAGGGCUUGGAGGAGAUGAAGAGAAAACUCCAGAAGGACGUUGAGCUGACCAACCAGCGUCUGGAGGAGAAAUCUAUGGCUAUGGACAAGAUGGAGAAGACCAAAAACAGACUCCAGCAGGAGCUAGAUGACCUGAUGGUGGACCUGGACCACCAGAGGCAGAUCGUCUCCAACCUAGAGAAGAAGCAGAAAAAGUUUGACCAGAUGUUGGCUGAGGAGAAGACCAUCUCAGCCCGUUACGCUGAGGAGCGUGACCGUGCAGAGGCGGAAGCCAGAGAAAAGGAUACCAAGGCCUUGUCCAUGGCCAGAGCUUUGGAGGAGGCUCUUGAGGCCAAGGAGGAGCUGGAGAGGUUCAACAAGCAGCUCCGUGCUGAAAUGGAGGACCUGAUGAGUUCAAAGGAUGACGUGGGGAAGAAUGUCCAUGAACUGGAGAAGUCCAAGCGUACGCUAGAACAACAGGUGGAAGAAAUGCGAACCCAACUGGAGGAGCUGGAGGACGAGCUGCAGGCCACAGAGGAUGCCAAACUACGUCUAGAAGUCAACAUGCAGGCCAUGAAGGCUCAGUUUGACCGAGACCUGCAGGCCAGAGACGAGCAGGGCGACGAGAAGAAGAGGGCGUUAGUCAAACAGGUGCGUGAAAUGGAGGUUGAGUUGGAGGAUGAGAGGAAGCAGAGAACACUGGCUGUGGCCUCCAAGAAGAAGCUAGAGAUGGACCUCAAUGAGCUGGAAGGACAAAUAGAAACAGCCAACAAAGGCAGGGACGAGGCCAUUAAACAGCUUAAAAAACUACAGGCUCAGAUGAAGGACUACCAGAGGGAGCUGGAGGAGGCCCGGGCCUCCAGGGACGAGAUCUUCACACAGUCCAAAGAAAAUGAGAAGAAACUCAAGAGCCUUGAAGCUGAAAUUUUACAGUUGCAAGAGGACCACGCGGCAUCUGAGAGAGCCCGUCGACAUGCUGAACAGGAGCGAGACGAGCUGGCUGACGAGAUCUCCAACAGCACCUCUGGGAAGUCCAUGCUGCUGGAAGAGAAGAGGAGGCUGGAAGCUCGCAUCUCCCAGCUGGAGGAGGAGCUGGAGGAGGAGCAGGGCAACAUGGAGCUGCUCAAUGACCGCCUCAGGAAGAGCACGCUGCAGGUGGACACCCUGACCACUGAGCUGGCAGGAGAACGUGGCGUCGCCCAGAAGAGCGAGAACGCUCGGCAACAGAUGGAGCGUCAGAACAAGGAGUUAAAGGCCAAGCUAGCGGAGCUGGAAGGGGCCGUCAAGUCCAAGUUUAAGGCCUCCAUCACGGCCCUGGAAGCUAAGAUCCUGCAGCUGGAGGAGCAGCUGGAGCAGGAAUCCAAAGAGAGAGGAGCGGCCAAUAAGAUUGUUCGCCGUACGGAGAAGAAACUGAAGGAAGUGAUGAUGCAGGUGGAAGACGAACGUCGUCAUGCCGACCAGUACAAGGAGCAGGUGGACAAAGCCAACUCUCGCAUGAAGCAGCUGAAGCGUCAACUGGAGGAGGCGGAGGAAGAGGCCACCAAGGCCAACGCCUCCCGCAGGAAGCUGCAGAGAGAGCUGGACGACGCCACUGAAGCCAGCGAGGGCCUCAGCCGCGAGGUCAGCAGCCUCAAGAGCCGCCUCAGGCGAGGGGGUCCAGUCAGCAGCUUCUCCAGCCGCUCCGGUCAUCACAACAUCAACGUGGAUGGCACCUCCAUCGACAGGUCGGACGAUGACGCCGACAGCCGCACCAGCGACUUCAAUGACACCAAUGUGGAGUAAAGGCGUCCACGUCGCUUUUCUGCCUCGUCACUCCUCCAACCCAUUGUUUUUAGACUGCAGCGGUGAAGCCGCCACUAUCUACCCCCCCUUUUUUUGUUUUGUUUUAAUACUACCCUCUCCCUGGAUGUGACGCUUCUGGAGCCCAACGGACAAUUCUGCCUUAGUGGGUCCUCUGCUCCUUCCUCAUGUAUUCUUACUGUAGGUACAAAAAAAGGCUGACACUUCCUCUGUGACCUUCUGACCAACACUAAUGUCUCAGUGCAAAGGACUGAAUGCCACGUGUACUAUUAUUGUUAUUGUUAUUGUUAUUAUUCUUAUUAUUAUUAUUAUUACUGUGAAAACAAUGUUCAUCUCAACAUUUGGCUGCUUGACAUGCAAUUGGGAGAAGAAAUGGAACACUACACCUGACCGCGUCACUGCCCCCCCUUUGAUUGCUCUUCUAUGAAACAAAAACACAUUUGAAAACCAAUAUUUAGUCAAAGCAAACGUUAUGAUGCCUGUAAAGUAUACAUCAUCUACUUACUGCACGCAGACCACCAUGGCUGCCUGCAGACACUCAACACCUACAUUUUUUUUAAGUGCCUUAGACACUGCAUAAGAACAGAAAUGGGCAAUGAUUUUCUUCCACAAACCUAACAACAAAAAACAAUAUCCAACACUUUCUAUUUAUUUUUUGCUGUGCUGCAUAUCACAUGUGACGUGUACCUCCAUUGUUCAAAAGCUCUUCGGGUCCUAAUCAGUAUGUACGUCAGUCUCCAGAAAUCAAGCAUUAUUUUUGACCGUUACAUUUGGUUGGAAGCUUUAACAUCCUUGACUAGUUUAAUUCAUUAACUUCAUGUUGUUAUGAUUAUUAUUAUUAUUAUUAUUAUUAUUAUCCAGCUGGCUGUUGACAAAAGCAGGCAUUCCACUACAGAAAUACUUCCAUUUUAUUUCUUGUACACCUGGAUUUAGAGACAGUAAUAUUUUUUUGGUUUUGUUUUUUUUUUAAGGAAAAUAAAGCAUAUUCAUUGUAACUUUGGCAGUUUUUUAUUUGUCCCCUCAUGACCUGCAUUUUUUAUUUGAGAUGUUCCAAGCUGCUUUUCAAUCACCGCAUCAAACAAAUAAUAAAAACGAUGUGCUUGGAAAUGUUUGGAGCCAAAAAGGGUUGAUUGAUUGAAAUAUUCAAUUGAAAGAUUUGAAUAUUUGAACCACAGUUUUCCUCUCAACAUAAUAAUAAUGUAAAUAAAUUAGAAUAAAUGAAAAGAAAUAUAAUCAAUUAUAUAUUCAAAAGAAGAAGUAAAACUUAUUUACUGCCACCCCCUGUCCUUCAGCAAAUAUCAAAUCAACUUCCUUCCAUCUCCAACGCAUAUCUACCCCCACGCAGACACGCACACACAUGCUAUAUAUCCAUGCACAGCAGCACAUAGCAUGUACCAUGCAAGCACAGUGCACACAAAUACAAAAAUAAAUAACACAUUUGCGCAUAAAUCACCUAUUAGCCACACCUCCUUCAUCCUCAUACCUUUAAGAAAAGUAUUUUUAUACAUCAUUUUAAACUGCCUCACAUUUGUACAUUGGUUCAGUUCCACACGGAAGCCCUUCAGAAGUCUCACCCCGCAUACUGAUAAACUCAAACGUUUCCUUCGAUUAUGACACCCUUCCUGAUUUUUGAACAAUUGCUGGAUGUUUCCUAGUAAUAGUUUAUUUUUCGCUUGAAACAUUAUUUGUGCUCUUUGGUAUUGGACAAUGUCAGUAAACUUGAGUAGCUUUGACUUCAGAAAUAAUAGGUUGGUUCCUGAUAACCAACUUGGUGGAUAAUUCGUAUCUGAAGGAUAGUUCGUGAAUACGAUCAUGUUUUGUAGUUGUUGCCCCAAACCUCAGCACAGUACUGCAAAUAAGGUAAGACGAGCGAGCAGUAAAGUGAUUUACUAUCGAAGACCUUCUUUGCUUUAUUUGUUCCUGCUACUUUACUCUGUACAUGUUUGAUGUGUGGUUUCCAGACAACUUUGUCAUCUAUAAUCACCCCCAAAAAUUUGAUUUCAUGAACACUUUCAAUUUCUACCCCCCCGUACAUGUAUCCUCAACUGUGUGUUCAUUCUAUAAUUUCCAAAUAUUAUUUUUGUCUUACCUAAAUUUAGCGAUAACUUGUUCCUGUCAAACCAUGUUUUUAAUUUUUUCAUUUCUGUAAUUAUGUCCUCCUGCAAUUUUCAUAUGUUUUCCGCAUAGUGAAAAAUAUUAGUAUCGUCAGCAAAUGGUACAAAAUGCAUUAGCUUAGAAACCCUGUACAUACAGUAUCAUUGAUAUACAAAAUAAAGAGUUUGGGGCCCAAUACUGACCCCUGAGGGACAGCCAAAUAACAUUAUUUUUGUCUUACCUAAAUUUAGCGAUAACUUGUUACUGUCAAACCAUGUUUUUAAUUUUUUCAUUUCUGUAAUUAUGUCCUCCUGCAAUUUUCAUAUGUUAUCCGCAUCGUGAAAAAUAUUAGUAUCGUUAGCAAAUAGUACAAAAUGCAUAGUGUACAUAUCAUUGAUAUACAAAAUAAAGAGUUUGGGGCCCAAUACUGACCCCUGGGGGACACCACAAACAAUGUCCAGACAUGAUGAGGAACAAUCACCCAACUUCACAAACUGUUUUCUUCCGCUGACAUAGCUUUUGGCCCAAUCAAGCGCUAUUCCCCUGAUCCCGUUUCUUUCUAGUUUACUGAUUAAAAUGUCGUGAUUGAUUGUGUCAAAAGCUUUCUUUAAAUCUAUGAACACCCCUGCCACAUAUUUCUUAUGGUCUAUAGCGUUUGUAAUUAGGUCUGUUGCUUCUGUUAUUGCCAGUGUUGUUGACCUAUUUGACCUACGGUAAAUCCAUACAAAUUCUCUGCAUAAUAUCGUGUUUUUCCAAGAAUGAGUCCAAUCUUUUGUUUUCCAGUUUUUCCAAUAUUUUUGAAAAUUGUGGUAAUAAUGAGGCCGGUCUAUAGUUAGUGAAAUGAUGCUUGUUCCCAGUUUUAUAUCGAGGGAUGACCUUGGCGAUUUUCAUUUUAUUUGGAAAUGAACCACUUUGAAAUGAAAGCUUGCAUAUGUGCCGUACGUAUGUUAAUGGUUUGGAGAUGCCCUCAAUGACCUUUUUCACCAACGACAGAUCCAUAGCACUACAAUCCGUAGAUGUUUUAUUCUUGCUUUUAAUGACAAUAUCCAAUAUUUCUUGUUCUGUCACAGGAACAAGGAUUUCUCUCUGGUAGAUACUUUCCAUAAUUCCCAGUAUCAAGGAUUUGUUUUGCUAAUUCUGAUCCAACAUUUACAAAGAAU